AUGCCUCAGUACCAGCCUCAGACUGACACCUACAAUUUUAACUUUAAAAUAGAGGACCCUGCCGGCAAGAGCGAGGCCAAGCAGCAGAUGGCUGAGCAGGCGAAGCAGGAGAGAACCGAGCACUCCAAGAGCGGCGCAAACACCGAAAAGCCGCAAGGAAUGGAGUAUGUGGUACGCAAGGAGCACGCCGUAGACGUUCAACACAAUCACUAG